AUGGUUCUUUCAAAUAAUACAAAACAGAAUUCGUCUGAAGUUUACAAUAAUGACACAGUAACGUAUAAUCAGGACAAUAUAGUUGUCAAUAAUGAUGCUGAUGUGGAUGCGAUGGGAACUGAGAAUCAUAGUACUAGUAAUGAAUCCACCGCAACGGAAGCAGUUAUUCCACAAACAAAUGCCAUUCCAAACGUCACCGAGAUUACAAUAGUAUGUCAACAACAAGAUAUUGUGCACGAAGUUUAUAUUAAUCCUGUAUGGAUGAUUAACGGCGUCAGAAUGGAGUUAUCAAUCAAUACCAACACUCCAUCUUGUGAAGAAAAUCAACUUGUCGAUUAUAAUCUUCCUGUUAACUUUUAA